AUGGCUGUGGCCGGUUGGGGCCUCAGGGCCUGGGGCAGCCUGGUGCUACUGGGCCUGUGUAGCUGGACAGGGGGCAGCACAGCCGCCCCCAACCCAGUCAGAAACCUGAGUGUGGAGGCUCAAACAACCAGUUCCAUCACCUUGCGCUGGGAGGCCCCCGAGGGCUCAGAACUUAAGAACUACACCUACUGGGUCCGUUGCACUGGAGAUGGUGGCAAAAUUGAGACCAGAAACACCACAAAUACCAGUAUCACAGUGGAUGGACUUGAACCUGGGUCUUCAUAUGCAUUUUCCGUGUGGGUGGAAACAGAUGGAUCAUAUAGCUCUGAGGAGAUUUUCAAUACUGCCACAGCUCCCAACCCAGUUAGAAAUCUGAGUGUGGAGGGUCAGACCAACAGCUCCAUCACCCUGAGCUGGGAGGUCCCCGAAGGCCCAGACCUGCAGAACUACACCUACUGCAUCCAUUGCACUGGAGAAGGUAACAUAAACAAGACCCAAAACACAAUAAACACCAGUGUCACAGUGGAUGGACUGGAACCUGGAUCCUUGUAUGAAUUUUGGAUGUGGGUGGAGAAGAAUAGAAUCAAUAGCUCCUGGAAGACUCAAAAUGCUACCACAGCUCCCAACCCAGUAACAAAUCUGUCUUUGAAGAGUCAGAUCAACAGUUCCAUUGCCUUGAGCUGGGCAGCCCCUGAUGGCCCAGACCUUUGGGACUACACCUACUAGGUCCAGGGAACUGGAGAAGUUGACAAAAAUGAGAUCUGAAACACAACACCAGCAUCACAGCUUGGUGGACUUGAACCUGGGACCUUGUACCAAUUCUCUGUGACAUAUGUGGCCACAUCUGGGGACUGGCUCUGCCCUGAAGAAGAGAAGAACCUGUCCAGACAUCUCAUGCCAUUGAGCAUGAAGCUGCAGGAGCCCAGCUCUUUGGAGUCAGGGAGAGCCCCUGACUGUCCAGCACCCCCUUUCCGGAACGAACAAAGUCACCAGCUGGACAGUAGUCAACAGCUGGUCCCAGUGAAUUGGAUGAACCAAGAGAACCCCACCUCUCAGCCUACACAUGCUCCCAAUGAGGUCACGGAUCUGCAGAACAUAACUCAGACCAACAACUCAGUCACCCUUCAAUGGAAUGCCCCUGAAGACACCCACUCUCAGCUUUACAUAUACUGGGUCCAGUGGACCAGUGGGGGAUACCUCCAGAGGGAGCAAGACCCCCAAGAAGAUUGGGCUAACCAGACUGUCUGGACCAAUGAAACCAGGUACGAAGUGAAGGCCCUCGAACCCGGGACUCUGUACAACUUCAGCGUGUGGGCAGAGAGGAAUGAUGUAGCCAGUUCCACACAGAGCCUCUGUGCAUCCACAGACCCAAACCCAGUCACCAUCACCUCCUGCAUCAGCACCUCAGGGGGCUAUGGGGUCAUCCUGAACUGGUCCUGCCCCUCAGGGGGCUACGAGGCAUUUGAGAUGGAGGUGGGUGAGCAGUGGAGCUCCCAGGACAGAGCUUCAUGUUGGACGGGUGUGUCCGUGUUGGGUCUCAGGCCGGCUAAGUCCUACUCAGCCACCGUCGUGACUGUCUGGGAUGGAAAGAAGGCCCCUCCUGCCUCUGUGAUCUGCCACACUGAGAGUGCAGGGGUCAUUGCUGGAGCCAUUGUGGGCACCCUCCUGUUUCUCAUCCUGGUGUGCCUGCUGAUUUUCUUCCUGAAGAGGAGGAAUAAGAAGAACCAGGAGAAAGUAGGACCCAGGGACCUGGUCUUCAGCUUCCCAGGGGAUAUCCUGGCCAAAGACUUUGCUGAGCAUGUCAGGAAAAAUGAGAAGGACAGCAAUUGUGGUUUUGCAGAGGAGUACCAGAAAUUGGCCCUGGAAGGCCAUGGCCAGUCUCAGAUGGUGGCUUCAGCUCCAGAGAACAGUGCCAAGAACCGCUACAGAAAUGUGCUCCCCUAUGACUGGUCACGGGUGCCCCUGAAGCCCCUCCCUGGGGAACCAGGCUCUGACUACAUCAACGCCAGCUUCAUGCCUGGUCUUUGGAACUCCCAGGAGUUUAUUGCAGCCCAGGGUCCUCUGCCACAGACCAUGGGUGAUUUCUGGCGCUUGGUGUGGGAACAGCAGAGCCAUACCCUGGUCAUGCUGACCAACUGUGUGGAGUCUGGCCGGGUGAAGUGUGAGCACUAUUGGCCUUUGGACGCUCAGCCCUGCACCCAUCGUCACCUACAGGUGACCCUGAUGGAUGAGAAGGUGAUGGAGAACUGGACAGUCCGCGAUCUGCAGCUCCUCCAUAUGGAGGAGCAGAAGACUCUAUUCGUGCGCCAAUUCCACUACCUGGCCUGGCCAGACCACGGUGUCCCCCACUCCCCAGACCCCUUGCUCGCUUUCUGGAAGAUGCUUCGGCAGUGGCUGGACCAGACCAUGGAGGGAGGCCCACCCAUUGUGCAUUGUAGUGCUGGCGUGGGCCGCACCGGCACACUAAUUGCCCUGGAUGUCCUGCUCCGGCAGCUGGAGUGUGAGGGUCUCGUAGGGCCCUUCAACUUCCUGAAGAAGAUGAGAGAAAGCCGGCCAUUGAUGGUGCAGACUGAGGCGCAGUACGUGUUCCUACACAAGUGCAUCCUGCGGUUCCUCCAACAGUCAGCCCCAGCCCCAGCUCAGAAGGAGGCUACCUAUGAGAAUGCGGCAGACCAUAUCUAUGAGAAUGUCGCUGCCAUCCAGGCCCACAACUUGGAGGUCUAA